GAGACGGAGAGAGAGAGAGAGAGAGAGACGGACUGAGGACUGAGGAUGGAGGACGACUGUCAACCGCUGCUGAACUCUGACUCUCACCGAGGAUCCACCGACUCCCUGGACCUGAAGAAUAAACGGCCGUUCCACGUGGAGCCCAGAAACAUCGUAGACGAUGAUCCUCAGGAACGAGUUUCUGCUGAAGCCGCCAUCUUAAACAGCAGAGUUCAUUAUUACAGUCGACUGACGGGCUCCUCUGAUAGGUUGCUGAGUCCUCCAAACCAUGUGAUCCCCACCCCCGAGGAGAUCUACGUCUACAGCCCGCUGGGAACGGCGUUCAAAGUGACGGGCAGCGAUGGCUUGUCCAAAAACCCCAGCAUCAUCACCAUAUUUGCGAUCUGGAACACGAUGAUGGGCACGUCGAUCCUCAGCAUCCCGUGGGGAAUCAAACAGGCCGGCUUCACGCUUGGCGUCCUCCUCCUCGUCUUCACCGGUCUGCUCAUGCUCUACUGCUGCUACAUCGUCCUCCGGUCACCCAGAGCCAUACCGUAUGUGGACACAUCGGAGUGGGAGUUCCCCGAUGUCUGCAGGUAUUAUUUUGGAAAGUUCGGUCAGUGGUCCAGUCUGCUCUUCUCCAUGGUGUCUCUGAUCGGAGCCAUGGUGGUCUACUGGGUCCUCAUGUCCAACUUCCUCUACAACACGGGACAGUUCAUCUACAAUUACGCUCAUGACGUCAAUGUUUCAGACUCAGAGUUUGGGACCAAUGGCUCGGACAGAGUGAUCUGUCCCUAUCCAAACACGGACCCCGGGGGGAACCUGACCUUCAGCACCUUCUUCAUCAGUGGGAAUGAAACUGACGGGAACUCUUUUGAACAGUGGUGGAGUAAAACCAACACCAUCCCUCUGUACCUGAUCGUCCUGCUGCUGCCGCUGCUCUGUUUCCGCUCCGCCUCCUUCUUCGCCAGGUUCACCUUCCUAGGUACCAUCUCAGUGGUCUACCUGAUCACACUGGUCACCAUCAAAGCUGUCCGCCUUGGCUUCCACCUGGAGUUCCACUGGUUCCUUCCCACACAGUUCUAUGUUCCAGAGCUCAGACUUCUCUUCCCUCAGCUGACAGGAGUCCUCACGCUGGCCUUCUUCAUCCACAACUGCAUCAUCACACUGAUGAAGAGCAACAGGAACCAAGAGAACAACGUGCGGGACCUGUCAGUGGCAUACCUCCUGGUAGGAGUGACGUAUCUGUAUGUGGGAGUGUUGAUCUUUGCUGCCUUCCCCUCUCCUCCUCUCUCCAAAGACUGCAUUGAACCAAACUUCCUGGAUAACUUCCCCAGUGAUGAUGUGAUGGUGUUUGUGGCUCGGGGCUUCCUGCUGUUCCAGAUGAUUACGGUUUACCCCCUGCUGGGCUACCUGGUCCGGGUCCAGAUGAUGGGCCAGAUAUUUGGAAACCAUUACCCCAGUUUCUUUCAUGUUCUGGCUUUGAACAUUUUAAUCGUUGGAUCUGGAGUCCUGGUGGCAAGAUUUUAUCCAAACAUCGGAUCCAUCAUCAG